AUGGAUAUCAUCCGUGUUCCCGGUGACACCAACGUCACUGACUCUGGUCAAAAUAACGUUCCCAACCCCUGGCACAGCGACACCCUCCCCGUCAGUUUCUUCGCCCUCGAUCGCGAUAUGGAGCGCGAAAAGCCCCAGGUCAUGAAGUUCUGCUUGAUGUGCGAUAAGGUGGGAAUUUUGAAUUGCUUCACCUGCGACGCCCCUUACUGCUCUGAGCUCUGCCAGGAGAAGGACUUCAAGAUCCACGAGUCCAUCUGUUCGCAGCUCACUGGCGAGUUUCACGAUUGCCAACGCCCCGACGGCCAGCACUUUCGAGUUCUGUUCUUCCCGCAGAACGAAGACCAGCCGCGCUUCCUCUGGAUAAAGCACGAAGCCAGCGAUGAAGAGGUUCAAAAGACCAUGCACAGAAUCAUUGUCCGAGACUGCGAAUUUCAGCCUCGCCAGCCGACGUUUGCCACCGAGACCCGAGCCAUUACUAUUAACCAUUCCAACGCGAUCCGCCGCUGUGGCCAUGGCUUGAGACUCAAUUCGAUGACCCAGAUGAAGCACUACAAUGCUGAGAAUGGCGGACCAGUCAUCAACAAGGCACUAGCCAGACUUUCGCCAGCAGGACAUGCUUCUGUCUUGUUCGGACCGGCCAUUCUCUGGGGCUACCAUUACAGAACCGAUGCCGAGUUGCAUGAUCCCAAGUCCCGCCUUCGUCCCAUGGACGUUGGAGCCCGCGACAUCCGCUCGCUUAUGGACUACAUGCUGGGAAGGAUGACUAACCCUUGCGUGGUCGAGCCUCAGCGGCUCACUAUGCAGCGCCGUGUCCCCCUAACCUGGGCUGUCAAGGUUAAUUGUGAAGGUGACGUUGCACGUUUCAAACGUGUUCUUCAUGAUGGAGUGACUGAGCUCCCCAUUUUCGAGUCCGUCAAAGUCAUCAAGUACACCAUGGACCCCUGGAUCACGGUCGGCUGGGCCAAAAUCCUUGGACUGCAUUGGGAGUAUCGCCAGGUCUGGAGCAAUCGCGAAUUGAAGGAAUCGGGUAGGAUGGAACUUCUGCGUAACCCUCAUACCCGCUACUUCACCGCCGAAACUCUCCAGCCCGGUGACCAUCUCGGACCGGAUGCCGAGGACAAGUUCCAGUUGGGAACGGUGGUAGUUCGCCGCAGAGACGGCGGCCUUAUCCAUCCCUACCACGUCCAGUGGAUGGUCGACUUUCUGGACAAGAUCCGCAAGGAACGCGGUCAGCGUCGACUCCUGCUUCUGGUCAACAAGUUCCUCAACAACGAGCCGAUUCCGCACUACAAUCGAGAGGACAUGGAAUGGGACUGGCGAAAUUUUCGCUUCUGGUGCCCGGGCGGUAGAAAUGUUGGUACGCCCUGGAAUUUGUGA